AAAUUCCGCAAAACUAAAGAUGAGCACAAUAGAUAAGUUAGCGAUUCAGGGAAUACGUGCAUUUAGUCCUUUUGAAGAGCAAAAAAUAGAGUUUUUCUUACCAUUAACUCUAAUCCUUGGACAAAAUGGAGCAGGAAAGACGACGAUAAUAGAAUGCUUAAAAGCGAUGGUAAGUGGCGCAAUGCCUCCCAACACGAAUAAAGGAAAGACAUUUAUUCAUGAUCCGAAAGUAUCAAAUGCAUCAGAGACAAAGGCUGUGAUUAAGUGUAAAUUUAAGAGUCAUGGGCAGAAAGAAAUUUUUGCUCUUAGAUCUUACCAACUUUUGAACAAGAAAGAUAAAAAGCAAGAAUUCAAGAAGAUGGAGCAACUUCUAAAGGGACGUGAUAAAAAUGGAAGAGAAGUAUCAAUUAACAAGAACUGAGCUGAAAUGGACAGACAAGUUCCAAUGCUACUUGGAGUUUCAAACUCCAUUCUUGAAAAUGUGAUAUUCUGUCAUCAAGAAGAAAGCUUAUGGCCCUUCUCUGAUCAAGCUAAUUUGAAGAAGAUCUUUGAUGAAAUAUUUGAGACUACCAAGUACACUAAAGCAUUGACUGAGCUCAGAGAUCUGAAGAAACAGUUCAACUCUUUUGCAAAGGACUAUAAGAACCAACUUGAUGUGAUGAAGAAGGACUUUGAAAUCUAUCGAAAGCUAAAAGAAGAUGAAAAGAGGGAGAAAGCUCUUUAUCAAGAGAACCAUCAAAUCUGUGAGAAGUACAGAAAGCAGAUACAAACUCUAAGCGAAGAAUUAGAAGAUAUUGAGAAGUUUGAAGAUAAUCUACGCAAGAUUGAAAAUCAAAUAUUUCAGGAGAAAUCUAUUUUGAGCAAUAUGAUCCCUGAAUAUGACAAAAUUUGAAAGUCCCUUGGAGUAGAUGCGAUAGAUGACCCUUCUCUAAAUGAGACCGAUGACUUCAAGAAAAAGCAGGAUGAGAUGCUUGAGAAAAAGAACAAGGAACUCCAAAAAGCAGAAGGAGAUAUGAAAAGGCUAAGAGAGAAUCAGAGCAAGAUGAUUGGAGAAAAGGGAACUCUUCAAGGAUCUCUUAAUCAUAAAAAGGAAAGAUUAGCUAAGAUCAAUAAAGCUUUGAUGAAAAAUCUUGAAAUAAUUUUCAAAGAGCUCCAAGAGAGGUUCUCUGAUCCUUAUCGAGUAAAAUCACUGCUCACAGGCAGUAAUGGCAAGGGAGCAUUCUUACUGAUUUCUAAAGAAGUCAAUGGUUUCACAGAUGAGAGGAAACAGAUUCUCAGAGAAUAUGAAGAACAAGCUAAAGGACUUGAAAAUCAGGUUCAAGUAUUGGAAAAACAUCUGGCUGAAAUCCGGAUUAAAAUUGACUUGAAGAACCAAGACCUUGUGAAGCUAAAGGAUAAGCAUAAUGUGAUGAAAGAAGAUGAAGCUCUUGGCAACGAGAACACAGCUGAACUAAAAAUAAUUGAUACCAGACUUGAUGAAAUUAGGAAAGAACUUGAAGAAACUGGAGCUGAUGUUGCUUCGAUGCAAUAUUCAGAAGAGAACUUCUCCACACCAAAGAAAAUCAGAAGUACUGUCAAGAAUAUGGAAACUCUUAGUGAGCAAAAGAGAGCAGUCCUUACUGACAUGGAAGAGAUGGAAAAAGAACUUGAAGAAAAGCAAGGCAUUGUCAAACUUCUGGGAAAAAUCAAAGAUACUGAAGAUAGAAAACUUGAAUUAGAGAAAACAUACACUGAAAACAUAGAAAAAGUUGCCUCCAAGUUGAAAUCUUUCAGUAAAGUUAUCAUGAAGAGGAAUAAGAAUAACAAUAUGGCUGCUGUUGAAGAAAUUAUUAAAGACACUAAGACUAAAAUAGCUUGACUUCACCAGGAAAAGAAUGAGUUAGUCAGAAAACAGAUACAUUCAGAAAAUGAUGCUAAGACUCUAAAAGACCACUUGAAAUAUCUUGAGGAGAAAAAGGAGCACUUAUCCGAAGAAGUGACUAAACUCGCAUCCAGCACUUUGGAUAUCGAAGUAGACACCUACUCAGAUCUCAUUGAAGCCAAGAAUGAUGAAACUCUAAGCUGCGUUUACGAUAGACUUAUCAAAAAGAAGGCGUCUUCUAAUAGCACAAGGUUUGAUGAUUUCUCUAAAUAUCUGACUGAUUACUGCCAUGAAGAAAAGAAAUGAUAUCUCUGCAAGAAAGAAAUGAAGAAGAGCAAGGCUAAGACAAUUCCAAAGUUGCUGAAGGAGUAUCAGGAGAAGAGCUCCGAAAGCUCAGAUGAAGAGAACGAAGACCUCAUUGAUGACAAGAUUCUUCUUUGUGGCAAGAUUAAGUACAUCAUGAAUGAACUCAUUGUUGAUAUUGAGACUGAUAUAGAAAAAACUAAGGCAAAAAUUGGAGAUAUGAGUCAACCGACAACUGAAGAAGAUAUCUUAUUUAAGGAGAAAGAGAUAUCUGAAGUUGAAGAAAAACUUGAGAGUUUGAGUCAGAUCAAAGCUGAAAUUCAACAAAAUGAAAGCUUUAAAUUAGAUCUUAGAAGAAAUGAUGCUGCACUUGAAGGAUUCCAGACCCAGUUGAAAGAAAAUGGGUAUGAAGGAUAUAUUGAAGAUGACUAUAAAACACUUCAGUCAGAGUUGAGUAAGAAGAAAGGAGAAUUCAAACAACUUGAAAAUGAAUAUGAUUCACAAAGACAAGAAAGAGAUAGAGUUCAGAAGUUAGUGACAAACCUACAAUUUGAAGCGCAUAACCUCAAAGAAAAGAAGCUUAAAAUUACUCAAAUAAAGGCAAGCUUGGUUGAGAGCAUGAAUACCAUGAGAGCUUUAGAGAAAGAUAUACAAAAUCUUGAAUCAGAUAUUGGUUCCAAAAUAAAUGAGGAGAAAGAUCUUGCUGAGCAAAUAGAGAAUCUUCAAAAUAGCAAUGAGACUUCUAUAUCACCAAUCCAAGGAAAGAAGAACAAGGCAGAUAUCAUAUGGAAUUCCAUAGAGAAGCCAUUCUUCGAUUGCUCGAGACUUAUAGAAGCUAUCGACAAUGAAGCAAUCGAUGAAGAUGAGAUUGAAAAAGUACAUGAAAUGAUCAAUAAACUAGAGAAAGAUCUGAAAUCUGAAUCUGUAGAUUUAGUGGAGAAAGAGAAACUUAUUGAAGUAAUAAAGAAAGAUAUCCUCCAAAUACCAUCAAGUAAUAAAAAGAUUGAACUCCUAAGAAAAGGAAGAGAAUUACUUACUGAAAUAGAGAGGAUCAAAGAAAGUUUGGCUAAUAAAUGUAAAUAUGAAGAGGAAAUUAAUCAAUCGAAGGAGAAAAAGAGGCAAGUAUUGAAGAGCCUCGACGAACUAAAGACUAGAUACAAUAUGACUGCAGGAAGCAAUCAACAGCUAGAGAAGAAUAUCAAGAGUACAAAGUUACAACUUCAUUCUAGAACUUAUGAUAACAUUACUAAGAGGAUAACCCAGCUUGAGAUAAGACAUUCUCUUACUAAACUGAUGACACAGGAGAUUUCUGAAAAGCAUGAUGUGACUGAGGAUGCUCUAAGAAUGUAUCAUCAUAGUAAGAUGAAAGAGAUCAAUGAAACCAUUGAGAAUUUCUGGAAGCUGACAUAUAAAGGAGAUGAUAUAGAAACUAUUGAGAUCAAAUCAGACCAAGAUGAGGAAAAGUCUAACAGAAGACUGAGAUCUUACAACUACAGAAUUGUUCUUAAGAAAAAGAAUGGUGCAGAACUUGAUAUGAGAGGGAGAUGAUCAGCAGGCCAGAAGGUGCUCUCUUCAAUCAUUAUUAGAAUAGCAUUAGCAGAGACAUUCUGAUCCAAUUGUGGCAUCCUUGCUUUAGAUGAGCCUACUACAAACUUGGAUAAGGAAAAUAUUGUAGGUCUUGUUGAAAACCUCCAAAUCUUGAUAAAUGAGAGGAAAUCCGACACAAACUUUCAAUUGAUUAUUAUCACUCAUGACAAUGAGUUCCUGAAUUUGCUUGGAGGCGAAUACUGUGAAAAAUAUUGGGAAGUGACAAAAGACAGAGAUGGAUAUAGCAAGAUCAAGAAAGAAGACUUAAAGAAGCUUACUUAAUUCCUUGAAAAUUUG